GUCUUUCUACAGGCUUCAGGGGGGUGAGAUGGCAUGGACACGGAGCUUGAACCUGGGAAACAAUACAUAUUUAGAAUUCUGUGAGCAGCCCCAAACGUUACCUGUCUCAAAACGAGAGUGACUGCCCUUUAUUUAGAUGUGAGUGAUUGCUGGGGCCUUUAAGCGCAUCGCGUUGAAUGGAGGAGUGUAAAUGAAACAUAAGAAAGAGACCUUGGAAUAAGGAAUUAUCCGAUCAUUCGCCGGCAGACAAUGGGUAAAAUCACGAAAAUAUCAGAACAUCAGGUGUCCACUAAAAAAUGUGAUCGCGGAACGAUCCGAAAACGGACCAGCCGUACGCACUGUCACUCUCGCGGUGCUGUGUCACUUAUCUCUGCCAUGAAGUCUUGUUUACCUCACGUAGCUUCUCAAAAGCACUGAUAAGAAAUGCGCAGAGCCUAGUGAGCUGUGUCAUGAGGCUGUUGAGGGGCUCCACCCGUCACCGGGCUAAAACGUCUCGUCUCUCGUCCCCAGACUUCACGGGACCAGGCGUCUCCAAGACUCACCUCAGAGCGAAUGUCCUGCAGCGUGAGGCUGAGACGAACCGCAGUGCGCUUGGCGGGGGCCAGGGGGAAGUCCCACCACACUGGGAGGCCAACAGUAAGAACUGCAACGUCAAGGCAGCCAAAAGGCUGCUGAGUGUGAUCUUCAGCAUCGUUUUUAUCUCCCUCUUCAUUUUCGUGGUCACAAUUAUUGUAAAAGGGGCCAUACAGAUCGAGAAGAGGGUAGCCGAUGGUUUUGGCUCCACCAGUUUUCCUGGGGGACAUCAGAUCUGAUCCAAGCAGUACUGGCGAGGUCUGGAAGCAACAAGUGAGAGUCCAUUGCUACACUCAACUCCUGUUGUGAUAGUGUCCCACACAGAGACACAGGAGUGCCACAACUGUGACAGGUGUUCA